UUGCUAGUAGUUAGCAAACAACCAAUGGCUUCAGUUCAUAUACGGUUUUGGUGUAUAAUACAAUUUCAUUCAUCUACAAAAAGGUGUUAAUAUUUAGUUUUGUAUAAUUACCAGCUUAAAGCAAUCGUUUCCUUUACAUAUCAGCGGAGUUUAAUGCUUCUCAGUCACAAUAACAGGAAACCAUAUUGGGGCGGAACUUUCAGUGCCUUCCUUGUUUCCAGAAGUAAAUUUGGUGUUGCCCGGAAAUUGACACGUUCCGUCCACUGUUCCUUGCAGUGGGUUUUGAAUGUUAUGUUGUGUUGUAUUGAUUAAUUGAUGUUUUGGGAUUGUUUGGUUGAUUUUUAAUCAUCAAUGGAUUCUAAGAUUACUAAAAACAAAGGUUCUACCCCUCCGAGACGAUCGACAAGGUCUCGGGAAAAAGUGGCAGGAAAAGCACUGAGCUUUGAACCAACCCCCCGGGGGCCUCUUAAACGGACCAGAAAGAAAACAGAAGACCAGUCUUCAGCGGCAGUUGUCAAUGGUGCCACAGAUGUGGAAAAUGGCUUGGAAGACGAAGGCAUCAGAGUCAUCUUUAAAACUACAGGUGAAGUGAAUAAUCGACUGGGCACUGCAGGAGCAGAUGGUGACAGGAACUAUGACAGUAACACUGAGAUGGAUGUCCAGGAAUCAACUGAAGAAUUGGAGAAAAACGAGGACCAGGAAAUGGAAACUAUAAAGGAGUCUUCAAAAGACAGUAAACUACCGAAAACAUACAAAGACUCCCUUGGUGCUACGAGGUUAUCUCCUCGUGUAGUGCUUGGUGAACGCUGUCAAGUGAUUCAUUCUUCCAAUAAAGAUCAAGACUAUUUGAAGCCCAAGAAAGCAGUAAAAGCAAAUGAGUCUAUCAAUUCUGUUAUACACCUCAAAUCAACGGAGCUCAAACAUGAUGUGAUGAUCAACAGCAUGGCUGAUUAUAAAAGGACAAUGGAGGCCAAAAUUAAGAGCACAGAUAAACCCAGAGUUAACCAUUUUGGCCAAAGCGUGUUUCCAGCUUCUCAGAAAACUUAUGCAACACAACGAUGUGUGAAUAACAUUCCAAUAAAAAAAGAAACCGUUCAUGCCAGAAAAACAGGCACAGAGAAAACUACUACUAACAACACAAGAUCUGUAAAUUCCUGUAGAGGAUUUAUGUGGUAUUUAUGGCGUUUGGUUUUCCUGGUGCUGCUCUGCUCGGCAGCCUUGCUGGCAUACAGGAUCAUUCCUGUAUUCCAAAGGACAGCAGGUAGUGGAGGGCAUCCAUCCAGGGAAGUGAAACUAGAAAUGUUUGCUGAACAGCUAUCACUUCUUAAGACUCAGUUCCCCCAUCAGCAGUCUGAGUCGUGGAGGAGGAUUAAGAUCCACCUGGAGAAGCACCUUAAAACAGAACAACCCACAGAGCCGGUCAGUUUGAUCUUCACCGCAGGCCUCAGGGCUGAGAGGACACUGCACUGCCUGGCUCAAAGUCUGGCUUCCACUUUCUCAUUUGUCCUCAAUGCCUCUGUCCUCCAUAUUGAUGGAGCAAGUAAAGCCGGUGAGGAUAGCGAUAAGGUGAAGCUGGACAUUGACAACCAGCUGCAAGCAGCUUUUGAGGGAGAUAAACCGGUGGCGGUCAUUCAUCGAUUUGAAGAGUUACCUCCUGGUUCCACUCUAAUUUUUUAUCGCUACUGUGAUCACGAGAACGCCGCAUAUAAGAAGGUGUUCUUGUUGUUUACUUUGCUGCUUCCUCAAGAUGAGAUCAGCAGUCAGCUCAGUCUGAAGGAGGUGGAGGAGAUGGCGCAAGAGCAUGCCAUAAAAAAGCUGGUGGGCUCUGAGAGCCAAGCAGCCUUUAAUAAGAUGGAUUUUGACAAGUUUGGGGGACUGUGGAGUCGCAUCUCCCAUCUGAUUCUGCCUGUAGCGUCAGAGGUGGAGGUAGAGCAAGGUGGAUGUCCAUAUAACAAACCAACAUCCCAGAAGGAAACUGUGUUGGACCAAGCAGAUUCUUAGUACUGUGCAAGAAGCUACAUAACUGUGGUAACAAGGAAACAUUUGUGUACUGUGAUAUUUCACACACAGACUGGAUUUAAAACGUUUAAAUGAUCCCUGUCAGAGAUGAGAACCUCUCCAAUUGGGAGAAAUGUAUAUAAUUCAGUUUAAAGGCAAAGAAAAUCGUUUUUAUAUACAUGUAAAUGCCCUAUUUGCAUAAAGGUGUAAAGAGAAUGGUACAUUAUCCUAUGAGCUUCAGUUUAUGUUAACAUUAAGAGGUUUUCUCAGGCAGAUGUUACAAACUAUGAGUUCUUGUGUUGUAUCCACAGGACUCUGUCCACCCUCUGUUUUGAAGUAUUUUUUCAUUCCUUUUAAGCAGCAUGGAUCCCACUGGGUCUUUCUUCAAAACUUCUGUUUUCUUCCAUUUUCUAUAGAUGUUUUUGUUUUAGGCAGAAAUUCAUAUUUCUUAUUUUGUAUCAAAUCCUGACAAUAACUGAUGAGCCUACAUAGAUGUCUCUCCAUUGAACGCUGAUGUAUGAUUAGUUUUGCACUGAAAAAGGAAAAUUUUUCUUUUUCCUUUAAAUAUCCAUUUUAUCCAGAUUACAGGCUUUAUUGAGAAAAUAUUUUAAAGUCUUUAUUUUCUUUCCUCUUUUCUAAGGAUGUAUAUUUGUGAUGUGUUUCUUAGAUUGAAAUAUUUUGUGAUAGUUGUAUAUAUUGGAUAUAUUAAAAGUCUUUGCACUUGCCAAGAAAGUACUAAAUUAUGCUGAAUAUGUCAAUUUUAAAAGCUGAAGGUUUGUGUGAAAUCAUUUAAAUUUGUCUGAAUAUUUUGACUGAAUAUGUCUAAAACAAAAAUGUGCCUUAAACUCAGAUAAGACGGCAUCAGAUAACUUACAAAACAUUCAUGAUGCCGUAUCUUAACAUCAAAACUCAAACAAGGUUUCUCCCUUAUUACAGAUGAUUAGCACAUAAAUAAUGUUUAUUACUGUUUUGUUUUCCAAUUAUCACUCGUUCUCAUUAUUUCAUUAAGAUUUUGUGUGUGUGUGUUUUGCUUGUAUAAAAACCUGAGUAUUUUCAAUAAAUAUUAUUUUGAUAUCCA